CUGUCAUAAACAUGAGCGAUGGUCGAAAUUAUACUCCUGUGUUGCUUCAGUCUUCAGGUGUUGAAUUAUUAGGUACCGCUUCAGCCGAGGAGCUAUCCGAAAAUUAUCAAAAAUUAUUCCAGGAAUUCUCUCGGCUAAAAGCUCAGCACUCUGUCUUGAAGCAAGCAAUCGUUAAGGAACAUGAAAUCAAUAUAUCAUUAAGAGAUGAAUGUAAAAUCAAAGAACAAGAAUUGCGUUCUUCACUCCAACAACUCGAUCUUUUAACUUUCCACAAUCAACGAUUAACCAAACGUAUUGAAAGCCUUCAAGAAACGAGCUCUGCGAAAUCGUCACCCGGUUGGUUAAUUGGUUCAGCAAAAAAAGAACUUGAAAGGACGAAAGUCCUUUUAGAAACUACAAGCGAAAAAUUGACAACGGAAAUCGAUCGAAAUGAAAUUUUACACAAGGAACUUUAUGAGGCCAAGAGUUUAUACACUCAACAUUCGAACGUUCUUGAAACCAAGAUUUCAGAAUUAGAAAGAAAGGCCGAAGAGCUCCAGAUUGAAUUAACAAGAUCACAUCUUGCUAGCGAAGAUGCUUUGAGUACAUUACGUCAAGAAAAACGUGAGCUUGAUAAUGAACUCGAACAAACAAAAACAGAUUUACGCAAAUUGAAAGGAGGAGAUGAUGCAUUGCGAGCUGAAAUGAUUGCACUUAGGGAUACGUUGUCUAUAGACAUUGAGAAUUCUUACGAAUCACAGAUGAAUAAAUUUAAUGAAUUGCAGGAUAGAAUUGAUAACGAAUCUAAUGAACUUAUUGAAAGCUUCAAAAGGUUGCAAUUAAAUGCCAGAGAUUAUCUGAAAUCUCUCGAAGAGAAGUCGGAAUCGUCUUAUGAUCUAGGUCCAAAGGUCAAAAAUGCUAGUAAAGUAUGGCAACAAAAUCUACAAACAUUGGCAGUGAAAUUGGCAUCCUCUCAAAAUCGGACAUCCGAAUUAAUGGCAGAAAAAGAGAAGCUUGUUAAAAUGAAUGAAUAUGACACAAAUAGGGUUGCGACACUGGAAGCUGAAAUCAUUCGGUUAAAAGAGGAAUUGAAUAUACAAAAAAAACGUAGUGAAGACGAUGAUGUCGAAAAUUGUGCUGCAUCUCAAGAUGAAGAAGAGGAUGAUGAUGUUGAGUUUGUUUACCCAGCUGACUCUGAAAAACAAGAAAAUCUUGAAUCUUCAGGUCAAUCAAUCGAGAAUGCAUCACAUUCAACAACCAUUAUUACUGAACAAUCAAAAUCUGCAACUGAUACUGACGCUAACGCAAGCCAUAACGGUAAUUUAGGUGUUAAUACGUUGGAACGUGAUAUAGGGCGUUCUUCUAAAAACGAAGAUGAACGAGAAACACUUAUCAAAAAACAUUAUGAAUUUAGAAUAACCCAAUUAUCAGAACAGUUACAAUUAGCGGAUAAAAAGUCGGUACAAUUAAAUAAAUCCUUAAAGGUCAUUCAAGACAAAUUGGCUGAUUCGGAAAAUCUAAAAUUACGGUCAGAACAGGAAAAUGUGAAAUUGCAAAAUGAAUUGUCUCAGCUAAAGGAAAAAUUGAACGAAGAACGUGCAAAUUAUGAUAAACAGGUUAAGGAAAUGGAGGGAUGGACUCAGCAACGGGAAAAUAAGAUUAAAGAGUUAAAUGAUCAAUUAGUAGGGUUUGAAGCUGGAACUUCACGAAAUGAAUGA